UUUUUUUCUCUUCAAUUAAAAAGAAAAAAACAAACACAAAAUUUCACAAAUAUACAAAAAUGCAAAUUGCAACAAAAAGAAGAGGGAGAAAAGGUGGGGGCAUAAAUUGCUAAAUUUUUUGUUUUAACGAAUUCUUUCAUUCAUCCCAAAAGUAUUUCCUCAAUAUUCAUUGAUUCUCUCUCCUCCUUCAUUCACCCAACGGCUGAUUUUCCCCAAUUCAAUUCCAAUCUCAAUCAAUUUCUCUCCUCAAUUAGGGUUUCAAAUUCAUCGGAGAUUCUUCAAUUGAUUACAAGUGGAAACCGAAUUAACCGGACGAUCGCCGGCAGAGGUGAUGACUUUUGUCGGCAAUGAUGACAACAACGACGUCAUCGCAGUACCGGAGCUGACAACGUUAAGAGUCUCCGACAAGGAUGAGUUUUACGUUAAUUUAGUUCAGUACGAGGAGGAGGAAGAAGAGGGUGAUUCAAUGGUGGAGGAUCAUUGUUUGUCGGAGCCUUCAACACCCAGAAUACGGUGUUGUUUCAUCUGUAAAUGGAUUAAAUUUUUCUUAUUGUUCGUUUUUUUGGGUGGUCUUGCUCUUGUUGUUUUCAAAUGGCUUGGACCCUUUGCAAUGGAUAAGGGAAUAAUUCCUAUUCUAAACUGGGAGAGAACUUCAUUCAGUACCCCUGUUCUGGCACUUAUAAUCUUUACUUCUGUAGCAUUGUUUCCUACCAUUCUCUUGCCAUCAUCCCCUUCCAUGUGGGUGGCUGGGAUGACUUUUGGUUAUGGAUUCGGCUUCCUAUUAAUUAUGCCAGCUGUGUUCAUUGGUGUUUCUCUGCCAUACCUUAUUGGUUCCCUCUUCUACCACAAAAUUCAAAGUUGGAUGGAAAAGUAUCCAAAGAGAGCUUCUAUCAUAAGACUAGCUGGUGAAGGAGAAUGGCUUGAUCAAUUUCGUGCUGUGUCGUUGAUAAGAAUUUCUCCUUUUCCCUACAUCAUAUACAAUUACUGUGCUGUAGCAACAAAUGUCAAAUAUGGGCCAUAUAUUUUGGGGUCAGUGCUGGGAAUGGUGCCUGAUGUUUUGGUUGCAAUCUACACCGGUAUCUUGAUCAAGACAUUGGCAGAUGCAUCUGACACAAAACAUUCACUCUCAGCACAAGAAAUUAUUAUGAACGUUGUUGGGUUUGCUGCCACAGUUGCUACCACAAUCAUCUGCACGAUUCUUGCAAAGAGACGGCUCAAGACAAUGCCAAUUGAAGAUGAGCCGCUUCUGCAGUAAUUAACUUAUUCUAACAAAGGGUUUGAGAGAUUCCAUGUGCCAGCAUUUAAUUGGUAUUGUACAGUCGAGGGAGAUUUGAUUCUGGAGGAUGACAUACAGAGGAUGGAGUCACGAAAGAGAAGACUCUGAACAACAUAGUUGACCAACUACACUAUCUGUUAUAGAUUCUUUUGCCGGAGAUGGUAUUCUUUGUUGUUCUGCCAGUGUCUUUGUGUUUUGAUCUUCGUAUGCUGCACCUCAAAAACUAAUAUUGUACAUAACAGCACCUCUGCUAUGGAGUUGCAGCAUAUUGAUCAUGUUUCUAUCUUCUGUAUCAACCACUCCUUGUCAAUUCUAUAUAUUUUUUUAUCACGUGUCCAAGGUUUGGAGCCCAUCUUUGUUUGCAGCUGCUCAUAUGUUGUUAAAAAUCUAAUAUUACUAUCGGAAGAAGGUAUAUAUAAAA